GUAUGUAAGAACGUCUAGCACAGUAUGUACAAACAUUACUUAUUGCAAGGAUGAGGACAAAAGAGAUUGAUUCAUAGCAAAUGACGGACAAGAUCUGUAUUUCUAGAAGGCUGCCGCCUCAAGUUUUUACUGGCUUUAAGUGUUUCCAUGUGUCUUCUCAUGGGCUUCGUCAACUUUGUAAGAAUCGAAUUAUUGUGUCAAACUUUGCCAUCACAGCAGGUUCAUUCCUAGGCAUUUCCUGGACUUCUUCAAAUUAAAUGCCUCCAAGCUAAACUCGUUAUCAUUCUGCUUGUCCUUUCCUUCUCCAGCGCUUCGUCUCUCAACCACUUUGAAUCAUCUGAUCCAUCAAUGUCUCAACGGUCCCAUGUCCCAAAGUUCGGCGGCUGGGAUAAAGAUAAUGUCCCAUACACUGCCUAUUUUGAUAACGCACGGAAAGGGAAAUCCGGCGUGAGGAUGAACCCAAAUGACCCGGAGGAGAAUCCAGAGGCCUUCAUGUAUGCUAGAGGGGGCAUGGAAGAUGAUGUUGAUUUUGCUUCCGGAGCCUUUGAGGGAACUAACUCAGAAAAACAGAACAUUGAGGGACUCAAAGGGCACAAUGCACAUUCGAUGAGCCCUUCUGACCAUCGAAAGAAUGCAAGGCACAAUAACCUGACAUCAGAAUCAGGAAGUGAGAAAAGUAGUUCUGACCAUUCACUGUUGCAGUCUCAGAAGACUGGUUUGGCUGUUGAGGGAAAUAAAGCCUUGUCUUCAUCACGACAUUCUAGACAGAGAAAUGGAAGUACUCAUCCAUUUGAUCAUGAGGGUCAUCACAGGGCUGCAUCAAUUCCCAAAUUUGGAGCAUGGGAUGAAACAGACCCCAGGUCAGGGGAAGGCUUUACUCUGAUUUUCAACAGAGUGAAAGAAGAAAAACAAAUUGCAUCCACCACAUUUCCUCCUGUGCCAACCCAACCAGUACGUCUAAGAAACGAAGGAAAUUCUUCCUUUCGAUCAAAGUUCUGUUGCUGUUGCUUUCCGAAGGGGGGAAUGAGUGACUAGAUGGCUACUUCAGCUUCUUACAACCUUGCUUAGGAGCAGAAGAUCAUUUCGUUUGAUGCAAUGCAUAUAUCAAUGGUUUCCCACAAUUAGUGCCCAAGGAUUCUGUAAUUUAAGAUUUUACUCUUUGCGUUACAUUUUUGUUUAUUAUAAAUACGGUAAAGAGAAGAGAAAUGUUGGAUUUAGCUCAUUUUUCAUGUGGUUGCAUGUCAAGCUUUUCUUCCUAGUAUUAUAGUCCGUAAAUGAAUACGAGGAAAGAAUUUCCUACAGUUUAAGCCUUU